AUGACAAACCUGAAACCUCGCCUGCUGGCCGACCUGCUGGCCAACUACGACCCGCGCUCGCGGGCCGUCCUCAACGCGAGUGAAACCGUGUCGGUGUCGGUCGGCCUGGAUCUGCAGCACGUGGACCUGCACGUCCGGGAGAGCGAGGCCACGCUCCAGCUGUGGGUGAGCCUUCAGUGGGUGGACCCGGCGCUACGCUGGGAGCCGGCCGACUACGGCGGUAUCCACGACGUGCGCCUGCCGCGGGCCGACAUCUGGACGCCGGACGUGAUGAUGUACAACAUGCUGCCUCGGCCGCGGUCGGACUGGCUGACGCCGACACUGGUCAUCGUCUUCAGCUCGGGUGAAAUCACGCACAAGGUGGAUAGCUACCGCUGCGACGCCAAGCUCGGCUCGUGGGCGUACGACGGCUUCGCGGUGGACUUCGUGAGCGGAACGGUUGACCUCUCCAACUAUGUCGUCACCGAUCCGCUCUGGGAGCUGCACGACGCCACCGUCCGGCGCAACGAGAAGUUCUACACCUGCUGCGAGGAGCCGUACAUCGACCUGACGCUGACCAUCGAGAUGCGUCGGGCAGGCUCGUUCGCCGUGUGGCCCAGCCUGCCGGUGGUCGUGUCGGCAAUCGCGUCGGCCGCCACCUUCCUCGUGCCGCCCGACUCGCCGCAGAACGGCGCGCUGUCCCACGUCUGUUGCCUGACCGUGGCGCCGGACGCGGCGGAGAAGGCCGACGCGCUCGAUCACGAGUGGACGGCACUCGCCGAGCUGCUCGACCGGCUGGUCGGCGCCGUUUUCUUCACGCUACUUGUCGUCUCCUCGGCCACGUUUUCAAUGGAAGAUCGAAAGAAGGAUCAUUCUGUGACCUGGUUUUUACGGGAGAAAAUUCAGCUUUAUGGCUUUAUCACAUUGUUUUUGGCAGUUCAUAUUUUAAGCUUUCGAAUUUGCUACACGUGA